AUGGCGGACCAAGAGGAGACUUUUAGCCUCCAAAACUCUCCCGGUGGCUCGGAUUCGAGAGAAUUACCGAGUGAUAAUAAAUCAGAGAAACAGAACGGGACCUCCAGCAAAUCCCCAUCAUCACAGACAACUUACAUACAGCAGGUCAGUAUCAGUGGAAUGGAGGGAAUAAAAGUCUACCUGCACGAGAGGGAACUCUGGUCGAAGUUUCACGAGGUGGGGACAGAGAUGAUCAUCACCAAAGCCGGAAGGCGGAUGUUCCCCAGCUUCAAAGUGAAAGUCACAGGACUGAACCCCAAAACUAAAUAUAUUCUCCUGAUGGACGUUGUUCCUGCGGAUGACCAUCGAUACAAGUUCGCUGACAAUAAAUGGUCUGUGACCGGGAAGGCCGAGCCCGCCAUGCCCGGGAGGCUCUACGUUCACCCGGACUCUCCCGCCACUGGGGCGCACUGGAUGAGGCAGCUGGUGUCCUUCCAAAAGCUGAAAUUGACCAACAACCACUUGGACCCGUUCGGACACAUAAUCCUAAAUUCAAUGCACAAGUAUCAGCCGAGGAUCCACAUUGUGAAGGCGGAUGAAAAUAACGGCUUUGGCUCCAAAAACACGGCCUUCUGCACUCACGUCUUCCCCGAGACGGCUUUUAUUGCGGUCACAUCAUAUCAAAACCAUAAGAUAACCCAGUUAAAGAUCGAGAACAACCCGUUUGCAAAAGGCUUUCGUGGCAGCGAUGACAUGGAACUGCACCGGAUGUCCAGAAUGCAAAGUACCAAGGAGUAUCCAGUAGUGCCUCGCAGUACCGUGCGCCAGAGAGUGGGCUCAAGCCACAGUCCGUUUAGCGGGGAAGUCCAGGGCAUGGCUACCCCGAGCACCCUGAGCUCCCAGUACUCCCAGUGUGAGAACGGGGUCACAAGCACCUCACAGGACAUGCUGCCCCAGUCAGGCUCCUAUCCCCUGCCACAUGAGCCUGGCCAGGAGUACCACUGCAUCAAGAGGAAAGUGGAGGAUGACUGUCACUCAAGCGAGCACAGCUAUAAGAAAGCCUAUCUGGAGAGCUCGUCCAGUGAGGAGGAUCAUUACUACCGCCCAGUCGGCUACGCCCAGAGCCUCGGCCUGUCUGGUGGGCCCUACCGCAGUGAAUCCAGCCAGCGGCAGGCCUGUAUGUACGCCAGCGCUUCGCAGGGUGCUGAGCCUGUUCCCAGCUUGGAGGACAUCAGCUGCAACACUUGGGCAAGCGUCUCACCGUACGGGAGUUGCUCCGUCACUACCAUGCAACCAAUGGAGCGGCUUCCCUACCAGCACUUCUCAGCUCACUUCACCUCAGGGUCUCUGGUGUCCAGACUUGGGGGAGUGGGAGGUCACGCCUCUCCACAGCUGGGUGAUGGCCACCAUGCUGCCAUGUACCAGAGCUCCAUGACCCACCAGACUCUGGGCCGCCAGUGUAGUCCUGGGGCUGGAAUUCAGUCGCCAACAGCUGGCCUACAGGGAAACGAGUACCUCUAUACGCAUGGUAUACCACGUACACUAUCGCCACACCAGUACCACACUGUACAUAGUGUCAGCAUCAUGCCAGAGUGGAACGAGAACAGCUAA